AUGGUGCAAUUUGGGAUAAUUAUAAAAUCUAGUAAAGGGGAAAUUAUUUCUAUCGAUACAUGCGAACCAGGGAAACCUACAUGUACUACGACUAUAGAAGAUGAUGUAGCUUCAUAUGUAUGGAUACUCUGCUAUGGCAACAGGAUAUACCCAGGACACGUUAACAUUGGGGCAAGUCUAUCUUAUAAUAACGAAUUAAAGUGUAAAAAUGGUGAAGGUAUAAUAUCAGGUUUCAUGAGCCAUAUGCUGGUAAAUGGAGGAAAGGAAGAAAUCGUGGCAAAAUCGUGCGAAAAAUACAGCAACAGUUGCAAUCUAAAGUGUGAAAAGGAUUGUAAAAAAGGUAUAAAUCUAAUCUUGUGCCAAAGUAUUGAAUUAAAAUAG